GAUGGCUGUGUUACCGCUGCUGUUAUUCGGGGGCCUGUGGGGCGCUGUGGGCGCGUCCAAUCUGGCUGUCGUUACUUGCGGCUCUGUGGUGAAGCUUCUCAAUACGCGCCACAACGUCCGACUGCACUCACACGACGUGCGCUAUGGUUCAGGCAGUGGGCAGCAGUCAGUGACAGGUGUAACAUCUGUGGAUGACAGCAACAGUUACUGGAGGAUACAGGGAAAGACCGCCACAGUGUGUGAGAGGGGAACUCCCAUCAAGUGUGGCCAGCCCAUCCGGCUGACACAUGUCAACACUGGCCGAAACCUCCAUAGUCAUCACUUCACUUCACCUCUUUCUGGAAACCAGGAAGUGAGUGCUUUUGGUGAGGAAGGCGAAGGUGAUUAUCUGGAUGACUGGACAGUGCUUUGUAAUGGCCCCUACUGGGUGAGAGAUGGUGAAGUGCGGUUCAAACAUUCUUCCACUGAGGUACUGCUGUCUGUCACAGGAGAGCAAUAUGGCCGACCCAUCAGUGGGCAAAAAGAGGUGCAUGGCAUGGCCCAGCCAAGUCAGAACAACUACUGGAAAGCCAUGGAAGGUAUCUUCAUGAAGCCCAGUGAAUUGCUGAAGGCAGAAGCUCACCAUGCAGAGCUAUGAAUUUAGAGACUCUUGAGUCACUGUCACUACACAGUGUUUAUACACAUCAUCUGCUGCUUCACCCUGGGAUCCCUGCCACAAGUUCCCUGGGGCCUGGCCACGUCACCACUGAGAUGAAGAUGUGUGACAGAAAACAGUGGCUAUGUUGGAAGCGUCAGCCCUUUACACUUUAAUUGAUUGUUCUCCCUGACUUUGGUCAGUUCUUUCUGAGUGAAAGAGCAAAUGCUUUUUAUUCAUAGUGAUAAAACAUACUGUGCGGAACAUCCCUCCUUUCUUAGGGAAACUUUUAUUCCCUAAGAGCUUGGCAUCAAAGAUUGUUGAUAUGCAUGACUUUUCCCCUAUUAUUCUUUCUUCAAAAUGUUUUUUUUUUUUU